AUGGGCAUAGGUCGGAAAGCACAGCCUUUUGAACGUUUGACCCGUCGUUACAGACAAUUCCUAACGCGACUGAGUUCGCACCAAGAUUCCGAACUAAUUCACCAACAGGUCAACGAGAAUCCACAGCGAACUGUACUUGGCGUGAGAUCCUCCUCGACAUCAUCAUAUUCCGCGCCGAUGAACAUAUUUCACCAGAGGAAUCCUCCUCAAAAUCCUAAUGGCUUGGCACCGCCAUCUAUUCCGACAUCAAAUCAGCGAUCAGGAGCUGAUGUGAAUUCGGAAAAAUUAGUAAUAUUUUGUGACCCAGACGGCGAGAUUGGCAAUGCCGCUCUAGCAUCUGAAAGAAUUGAGGCUUGGGGAGAUUUUGGGACGGAGUUGGGCAACAAAAAGGAGAAUGUAAAAGAAGCGGAGCCAUGGAAGGGGGUCACCUUGAUUCAAAACAGGAAAUUUCGCGCACCGAUGACCGAGAAAAUAGAAGUCUAUCAUGAUCAACCUGCGGAACAGAAAGUUCCUUCUUCGGUUGUUACGACCUCAACAUCUACAAAACCUUUUCCGAUAACCGAAAGAACGGAUGUUUCCUCGACUGCCACGAUUUUUCCAUCUAAUUCGAACGAAAAAACCUGCCCGCAAUCGGAAAACACGGUGCCUUCAAAAAGUGCAACAAAAGAAACACCCUCACCA